AUGAAUCCACUAUGGAGGAAAGAGCACACGGCUGAUAAGGGCGGCAUCGAGAUCACAUCAGACCCCGUGGAGAGCGGUGGGAAGGUUCAGUUCGCUGUGGAUCGCCUGCGGGAGCCGUUUGUUGUCAGGUUCCACAUUGUCAAUAAAGGCACUGACAACGUCCACUUGACGUACUACACUGCCCUGCACAGGAUCCGCUGUUUCACUCUAGAGGAUAAGAGGAGAGUGACCAGAGCAUCUCCGCUGUUUCUCUGUCCUGGAGCGAGCUAUGAAGUUGAGGUUAAGUACAUUCUGAACCACUAUGGAUAUUUCCCUGCCACAAUGUAUUUCGAGUUCUGCCCAGAUUUGCCUGGAUCGGUGCCCUUCUGCAUUGUCAGGGAGAUAGAAGCUGCAGCCCACACUCCACUGGCUGUGGAGCUAGGGCCUGUGGCUCCUUAUAAACCAUUUCGGGUGGCUGCUUACAAGCCUGUUGACACCAUUAUAGUAGAUGGAGUACCACCUGACAGUUCUGUUGUGCCUUUGAAGAUGGCAGUGAAAUUAGGAGACUACAAGUAUCAUAAUGACCUGAAGGAUUUGGCUAGACGAAGGAUUGAAGACUCCGAGUACCUCUCUCCAACUGCCAAACAGAAACUUGCAUCAGUGAAGGGUCUCCUCAGUUGUCCCUUAAAGAUGAAGAACUACUCGCAUCGGUUUCACCUCCUGCUGCACCUUGAAGAGAUACAGAUGGAGGUGGACAUCCGAAAGUAUGAUCUCCUCAAUCAAACCAUGACUCAAGACCAAGGCAACAGAAAACUCCUGAAACUCAGAGUUCCCGGUGUCGCUGAGAAUCGGCCAUCUGUGCUUCGUGGAGAUUGUCUGAGAGUAUCCAAAUCUGAGGACACCGUCCAGCCCAUUACUGUGUAUACUGGAUAUGUUCACAGAGUAGAACUGGACAGUGUGAAGCUGGGUUUCUCAAAAAAGUUGUUGCAGAUCUUUAUCAGCAAUAUGAAGUUUAAUGUGGAGUUUACUCUCAACCGGUACCCUUUGAAGCUACAACACAGGGCUGUAGACCUGGCAGUAAAACAUCAACUUGAGGAGGUGCUGUUUCCAUCGGGUGCAGCAGUGGCUAGUGUGCCCAUGCCUAAACUCAGGAUGUUUAAUCGACAGCUGGAAAACAACCCGGAGCAACAUGCUGCAGUCCAGCGCAUUGUAGCUGGAUCAUCGAAACCAGCUCCUCAUCUUGUGUUUGGGCCUCCUGGAACUGGAAAGACAAUCACUGUGGUUGAAGCAAUCAAUCAGGUCAGCAAGGCAGAUCCAUCAGCCCGCAUCCUCGCCUGUGCACCUUCAAACAGUGCAUGCGACCUGCUCUGUGAGAGACUACAAGUAAACAUGGAUUCUCAUCAGAUUUACCGCGUGUACGCCAGCAGCCGAGACCCAAACAGCGUUCCCAAGAGUCUGCUGAAAUACUGUAACUGGGACGAGAGCAAAGACAGCUUUGUGCCUCCACAGAAAGAGGUUACGAUGAAGUACAAAGUCGUAGUUACAACUAUGGUCACAGCUGGCAGGCUUGUGUCUGGAGGGAUCCCAGUUGGCCAUUUUUCGCAUGUGUUUGUGGAUGAGGGAGGCCAAGCUGUAGAGCCAGAGUGUGUCAUUGCUAUUGCAGGUCUGCUCGAUGCAGAGAAAGGUCAGCUGGUACUGGCAGGAGAUCCUAAGCAGCUGGGACCAAUCCUUCGAUCUCCUUUAGCAAUAGAACAUGGACUCGGGCUUUCUCUACUGGAGAGGCUGAUGAGACAUAAUUCGUUAUAUCAGAAAAAUACAGACGGGCAUUUUGACACUCGCUUUGUCACCAAACUGCUGCGAAACUACAGGUCACACAGUGCUAUUCUGAAAAUCCCCAAUGAGUUGUUCUAUGAGAAUGAAUUGCAGGUGUUUGCUGACCAAUGGGAGCGUGAGACCUAUUGCAACUGGGAAUACCUUCCGAAGAAGGGGUUUCCAGUGAUCUUCCAUGGAGUGAUGGGCAAAGAUGAGAGAGAGGCGAACAGUCCGUCUUUCUUCAACGUGUCUGAGAUUGAAGUCCUGAUCGACUACCUCACCAAACUGAUGGAAACGCAAGGAAAGAAGGGUCUCCCCAAACUGUCCGCAACAGACAUCGGAAUAAUCGCCCCCUACAGAAAACAAGUUGAGAAAAUCCAGAAGGCCCUGAGAUUUGUCCCAGCGCUGAGUCGCUGGAGUGAUCUCAAAGAGCUGAAGGUCGGCUCUGUGGAGGAGUUUCAGGGACAAGAGAGGAAGAUCAUUAUGGUCUCCACCGUCCGUAGCAGCAUCAACUAUGUCAAGAUGGACAGAGACUUCAAUAUUGGAUUCCUGUCAAAUGAAAAGAGGUUCAACGUAGCCUUGACGAGAGCCAGGUCCCUGCUUAUAGUGGUGGGAAACCCUGUGAUCCUCAAGAAGGACCCAACAUGGGAGAAGUUCAUCAGCUACUGUGUGAAGGAGAAGGGCUACACUGGAUUUGACUUCGGCGAUGUGGAAGAGGAAGAUGAUAUUGUGUCCAGACUGGCGACGCUGAAAAUCAACAUGGAUUCUGAAUGUCCUGUUCCAGAGGAGAGUGCCAUUCAGCAAUUUGUGGACCCUGGGUGGAAAAAUGAGCAUUAACAUUUCCUCUAAAUUAGGACAUAGCGUCUGCAAUAGAUUUAAAGCCAUUUGAAUGCAUAGCAAGUGUCAGUCUUUUAUUUUAUUCUUUGUCUUACUGCUUCAGCACAAGAUUUAAGACCAUAUCCUUUCUAUGAACCUUUUUAAGAGCAGUUUGGAUAUUUAAGUGCAAUAAAUGCUCCUCUGUUUCUAAUCAGUGGCAAAAUGAAGCAGUGAACUUUGGCUUUUUACACUUACCUGGUCUGUUUAUUUAGCCCAGUUAACAUAACUAUGGCUGUACAGAUGCUAAAAUGUCCUACAGAUGGGAAAAGACUGGAAGAUAAUUUUAAUACACUGAUUUAUCACCGUAUGCCUUAUGACUUAUGUCAAUUCAAAACUUAAAAAAAAUAAACUGACUUUUUGAUCUGCUGUAUAUUAUAUUA